CGGCCUGGACCGGUGCGGAGUCGACGCUCUGCCAGCCUUUUGCACAGGGGCGGCGGUGGGGGCGCGCGGGUCCCGGUUUCCGGGCUGCGCGGUGGGGCCGGGGUCCGUGAAGAGGAGGCGGCUCCGGCCCGCCCGCUGGGCCCGCCCCUCGGUGCCCGGAGGCUGGCGGCCGCGGCGUCUGCGGGGAGGGAAAGCGCGUCCGGCCCGCAGACGGGAACAGGUCGUCCUGCAACUUUGCGCCGCGGGCCGUCCUCGCCUCAUCCUCGCUCUUCUUCGCGUCUGGGCGGCGCAGGGGCCUCUCCCCACACUUACUCCUGCUCGCCUGACGGUCAAGACGAACCUAGAAAGAUUGUGCAAUGAAUGGUGAUACUCAGGCUGCAGUGGUGACCUCACCACCCCCGACCACAGCCCCUCACAAAGAGAGGUACUUCGACAGGGUGGAUGAGAAUAAUCCAGAAUACCUGCGAGAGAGGAACAUGGCACCUGACCUUCGCCAGGACUUCAACAUGAUGGAGCAGAAGAAGAGAGUGUCCAUGAUUCUGCAGAGUCCGGCUUUCUGUGAAGAGUUGGAGUCAAUGAUACAGGAACAGUUUAAGAAGGGGAAAAACCCCACCGGCCUGCUGGCGUUACAGCAGAUUGCAGACUUUAUGACCACAAACGCGCCGAGUGUCUACCCGGCGGCCCCCCAAGGAGGAAUGGCUGCCUUGAACAUGAGUCUUGGUAUGGUAACUCCUGUGAACGACCUUAGAGGAUCUGAUUCUAUUGCCUAUGACAAAGGGGAGAAGUUACUGCGGUGUAAGCUGGCGGCAUUUUACCGACUGGCCGAUCUCUUCGGGUGGUCUCAGCUGAUCUACAAUCAUAUCACCACCAGAGUGAGCUCCGAGCAGGAACACUUCCUCAUUGUACCUUUUGGGCUUCUCUACAGUGAAGUGACUGCAUCCAGUUUGGUGAAAAUCAAUCUGCAAGGAGAUGUUGUAGACCGUGGGAGCACUAACCUAGGAGUCAAUCAGGCUGGCUUCACGCUGCACUCGGCGAUCUAUGCUGCGCGGCCGGACGUGAAGUGUGUGGUCCAUAUUCACACGCCGGCAGGGGCCGCGGUCUCUGCGAUGAAAUGUGGGCUCUUGCCCAUCUCCCCGGAGGCACUUUCCCUUGGAGAGGUGGCUUAUCAUGAUUACCAUGGGAUUUUGGUUGAUGAAGAGGAAAAGGUUUUAAUCCAGAAAAAUUUGGGUCCUAAAAGCAAGGUCCUCAUUCUCCGGAACCAUGGGCUGGUGUCCGUCGGAGAGAGCGUCGAGGAGGCCUUCUACUACAUCCACAACCUCGUGGUUGCAUGUGAGAUCCAGGUUCGAACUCUGGCCAGUGCAGGAGGGCCAGACAACUUAGUCCUCCUGGAUCCGGGGAAGUACAAAGCCAAAUCCCGUUCCCCGGGGGCCCCGGCAGGGGAGAGCACCGCCUCGCCUCCCAAGUGGCUCAUCGGCGAGCAGGAGUUUGAAGCCCUCAUGCGGAUGCUCGAUAACCUGGGUUACAGAACUGGCUACCCUUACCGAUACCCGGCUCUGAGAGAGAAGUCUAAGAAAUACAGCGACGUGGAGGCUCCCGCUAGCGUCACAGGCUACUCCUUUGCUAGUGACGGUGAUUCGGGCACUUGCUCUCCUCUCAGACACAGUUUUCAGAAGCAGCAACGAGAGAAGACAAGAUGGCUGAACUCUGGCCGGGGUGACGAUGCCUCUGAGGAAGGGCAGAAUGGAAGCAGCCCCAAGUCGAAGACUAAGGUGUGGACGAACAUUACACACGAUCACGUGAAACCCUUGCUGCAGUCUCUCUCGUCCGGUGUCUGCGUGCCAAGCUGUAUUACCAACUGCUUGUGGACUAAAGAGGAUGGACAUAGAACUUCCACCUCUGCUGUCCCUAACCUGUUUGUUCCAUUGAACACAAACCCGAAAGAGGUCCAGGAGAUGAGGAACAAGAUCCGAGAGCAGAACCUGCAGGACAUUAAGACGGCUGGCCCCCAGUCGCAGGUGUUGUGUGGUGUAGUGAUGGACAGAAGCCUCGUCCAGGAUGCACCCCUGUCUGACUGCACGGAGACAAUCGAAGGGCUCGAGCUCACAGAGCAGACCUUUAGUCCAGCUAAAUCUCUCCCUGUUAGAAAGGGGGAGCUGGUGACAGCCUCCAAGGCCAUCAUUGAGAAGGAGUACCAGCCCCACGUCAUCGUGAGCACCACAGGCCCCAACCCCUUCAACACGCUCACUGACCGCGAGCUGGAGGAGUACCGCAGGGAGGUGGAGCGCAAGCACAGGGGCCCCCCAGAGAGUCUGGACGAGACUGGAGAGCAGAAAGACAGUCCUCCAGAGCCCCCUGCUGCCCCCUGCUCCCCCGUCAAGCAGGAGGAAGACCUAGAAGAUGCUGUUUUUGGAGACGACAGUGAUGCUGCCACCUUUAAGCCCACUCUCCCUGACCUGUCCCCCGAUGAGCCUUCAGAAGCGCCUGGCUUCCCGACAUUGGACAAGGAGGAGGACGAGGGGCUGGGCGAAGCCCGUGGCCCUUCCAGCCCCGCCAGGCCCUCCACGGUGGCCAGUCCUGAGCCGGCCCCGGCCCCGGCGGCUGAGGGGGCUGCCGCAGACCCAGGCAGCGAUGGGUCUCCUGGCAAGUCCCCUUCCAAAAAGAAGAAGAAGUUCCGCACCCCCUCCUUCCUGAAGAAGAGCAAGAAGAAGAGCGACUCCUGAAGGCCCGUCCUGCGCGCACCGCUGUCUCGUGUUGUCUCCCGUGUCAUGGAAUGCAAAGCCCCCUCCGCGCAGCUAGCGCUCCCCGCCGCCCAAGCCCGUGCAGACCAGAGCUCACCUGUGUUCGCACGGCCUCCCCUCAGGUCCAGGGAGGCUUGGCCCUGUGUCCGCCUCUGUGCCCGUCUGUCUGCUCCUCGGGUCCUUCCCUGGGGCGUCCGGGCAGGGUCUGGCUGCACAGAGGCCCUGCCGGCUCUGGCCCUGACCUCUCUUGCUCUCCUUCUGUCAUCCAGUAACCCACGCUCCGUCCCUGCUAGGCUCCCCUCCCCCCAGGUCUCAGGUGACUGACUCAGACUCCUAGCUCCCUGCUGGCCUUACCUGCUCAGCGAUCUCACUCUGUCUGAAAACACACAGCCUCGGUCUUGUGCCAGCACCCUGUGCCUGCCAGCGGCCAGGGCGCUGUGGUGGCCUCAGGCGGCGUGGGGACCCCGCAGCAGCCUGGCCUGUAUACCCUGGCAACCUAUGCAUGGUUACCCAGUCACCCCCCGGCAGCACCCGGUCCAGGGCUCAGUCUUAUCACUGGGGUCUCUCCAGGCCUGUCCUCGGGAGGGCACCUCAGUGAGAAGUCUCUUCUAGCGUUCUCUUCAGUGUAUUGGCAGUUCUGCGUUGCUGUGAACGGGAACGGCGACGCUCGCUUUCGUUUCUCUAGGCCUGCGGCGGAGCCCCGCGCACCGGGGUGGGGGCAGGUUUCAGAGCAGGGUCUGCUCUUCCCGGAAGUCGGCCCUGGUGGCCCCCGCUGCUCCCGAGCCCGAGCCGGCACUCAUGGAGCUACUUGCCCUCGCUCACCUGCACUCACCUCCACCCCCUGGGAGGCAGCAGGGAGCUGCUGGCUGGCAGCUGGCCAUGUGGGCUCCUCGAGGGCGCCUGUUCCAGGAGCUGCUGGGUGCCAGCCUGCCCACCCUAGACAAGCCCCUGGGAAGGCGGGAGGGCCGUGGUGGAUCUGGAGCUGGAGGUGGGCUCAGGUCCCCAAAACCGAGCACCCAUGCAGGACGGAGGCCGGCUGCAUGGCGCUGACCUCCGCUUGGAGCUAACAGGCGAGCAGCUGCUUCUGUGUCAAUUUGUUGCCAAGUGUGUUCCGCCUCCCCACCACCCUCCUCGCGUUAACAGACUCUUCCCUGACCCUCCCUCUACCCCACACACGCAAUGACUAAUUCACUUUUGUAGUUUCUUUUAACUCUUUGUAUCACAACAUGAAGUUUAGCCACAGACAGGGACACAGGCUCAGGAGGGCAGGCCCUGUGUCCUUUCUUCAUUGUAACAUGUUUUACUCACAAAUAAAGUUCUUCAAGCCGUA